GGGGGACAGGAGAGCGCAAUACAAAGAGGCCCCAUUUUACCAUCCUGUCACAUCUGAGGUGGGACAGCUCAGCCUGUGUGGGAUCACAGGCAACAUCAACAACAGCCAAGGCUCUCCUGCAGUGGCCUCUCGGGCGGGGCUAUACGAGUCAAUAUAAAGAGGAGCAGGUCCGGUGGGUGGAGGAAGAUCUCCUGUGGACCAGCUACGACCCUCUGCUCCUCCACUCCUGCUCUGCUGCCUCCCGCCGGGACCUCCGCCCUCCUCCUCCUCCACCACCGGACCAGCACCAUGGAUAGCUCCGGGAUGCUCCGCGGACUGCUGUUUGUCGGCCUGCUGUCGGUCAUGUGUCACGGCCAGGCGUCCCAAGAAGUCUCCGCAGAGGACUUUGGAGUGGACAAACCCGAGCCAGCUGCAGACAAAGACCUGAUCGAAGCAAUGGAGGCUCUGCUGGGCAGGGUGCAUAACCGGAUUUCUUCCACUGAGAAAAGAGGAAGCAUCCCACUGUGCGGGAUGGGUGACCGGUGUGCGAUGAAGUUCGGGCCUCGCAUCGGGAAGCUCUGUGACUGCGGCCGAGGAGCCAACUGCAACUCCUACCUGCUCAAGUGCAUCUGAAGCUCCUUUUCACAAACACAGCACUUCUGCAGGACCAAACAUCCUUUGAAACCUCAGCAAGCUCCCAUCGACUGACACAAACCUCUUCUUAUUGUCGGGCUCUGAUAUCAUCAUUUAUAUCCGUUAUGCAUCGCUGUUGUUUUGGCAGCCUGAGGAUAAGCAUGGAUUUGUAUUGCUGACUGAUAAUUUACUGUCGCAUGUAAAUGUUUCAUGUUCAAUAAACACAUUUAUCAACAUGU